UUAUUCAAUCAAGGUUGUUUCUUCAAAUAAUUAGGGUUGAUAUGGUAUGUGAUUGUUAAAGGAAUGUACAUAUGUCAGCCUGGUUAAUUAUCCAAGAUAAGGGGUCUUUACAAAAUACCUUGCACAUUCCGGAGUAAGUAUAUAUCAAUACUUGUAUUUCAAUUGAUAUACUUGUACAUUGCAGCGAUAACGAAAUCAGAUACAAAAAGACCUUUUCAAAUCUACAGCAAUAUGCGCUUUUAUUUUGUAACAACAAUACUUUCAAAUACUGAUAAAUCUAAUUGUGUGAAAGACGUAAGGAAAAAACAACACCAACAGUUAUUGACAAAAGCGUUAUAAUGAUAUUGUGUGAAUAUUUAUAGUAUGCACACACAAAAAUUAUUUGUUUCCAUGGUAAUACAGAUUACGUGUUGUUGUGAGAAUAUAACUAUUGUAUUGUAGAUGACUUAUGAAGGGCAACUUAAUGAACCUAAUGUUUGAAGUGAACAAGAUCAGAGGAUACUUACUGAUAAAGACAUUGAUCUCAUGUCAUAAAACCGUCUAACAUUGGCCGUCGGGAAACGAACCCGUCACUGGUGAUUUGCGGUCUCAUCAAGAUGGCUGCCACCACCAACAUAUUUACCCACAAGGAGACCAAUAACUGGUUCAAGGCUUGGAUAGCCUUGAAUGUGAUGAAGGAAGGACUGACUAACUUCGUAGUGAGCGAAUUAAAAAAUGUCCACUCAGCGAUAGGCAUAAGCUGCGGACAAUGUUCAAUUGCAAACCUCAUGCCGUGUCCUACUCGGUGCCUGUGUAAAAAGAGGAAACCAUAUACAUGCACUUUUCAUACGUCACAACUACCCAAGUCAUGCCAAACAUGUGACAAAGUGAAACAAAAUAUCACAUCGCUGCAUAGAUAUAACUGCCCUUCGUGGCGAAACUCUAAAGCGGAAAGAUGGGUAACGGAUCCGUGGGAAAUUGGUAAAUGUUACCUCCCACCGGAUGGCUAUAGCGACGUUUCUUCUGUCCAAGAAUCUGAUUUCAAUGGUGUGAUAAGCAUUUUGUUGAACUGCAAACAUUUCCAGACAUGUCUCUCCCCCACAUUUCUAACGCCGCCACCACCUGAUAAGCAAUGCCCGUUGGAAAAGAUACGUCAAAUAGGCCGAGAUGUACGUCACACUGCCGACUGCAAGGUGACAGAUGCUGACCUGCAGGACUAUUUCAAGACACUGGCCACCCUUCUGGCUGAUCCAAUCUGCUUAUUACAUGAUACAGCAGCAAUAGACGCGCACAGAAAACUCAGUGAUUUGCAGAAUGAUCAGCUUACACUUACCGGACUUGGCGAGCUGUUGAAAGAAGCCAAUCAGACACUUACACACGCGAAAGAGGUCAGAGAACGUUUAUCUAAAGAGGCUGCAAAGACCCUGACAGAAGGUCUGAAAACUUUAGAGGCUACAAUACAGGUUGGAGUGCUGCGCAUUCAAAGCGAGACAAUGGAUAGCAUAGUGCGCAUUAAACAAGCAGCGAAUGAAAAGGGACAAGAUGAUUACGAACGAGGCGUAGCAGGUUUGUACACGUAUUCGGUCUACACAUAUCUUCACUUCGUUAUAAACUGAUUGCAUUUGUAUUAA